CGAAACUUCGCAUUAUUUAGUCUCUAGCACCAUUAUUGCAAUUCUUCGAGAUACAUCCGAAUAGACACCGCGUCCGUAUAGAUAGUCCAUCUACAUCACAAUGGUCAUUUUUAAAUCAAGACAGCCACCAAUUAACCUGCCAACCGAUUUAACAGACUGGGACUGGCUCUUCGACUCCCCCUACUCGCCUAUCAACAACUACCCGCCAGACCAACUCGCCGGCUUCCAAAAUGCCAUCACAAAGGAACGUGUCAACUGGGCCGACGUCAAGAAAUACUCAACCUACAUCUCCACCGCGCUCGUCAAACGCUAUGGCCUGAAGGAAGGCCAGACGAUCUCGCUGUUCUCCCAGAACACUGUCUGGUAUCCCGUAGCUAUGUUCGCGGGCUUAAGAGUAGGAGCUAAGAUCUCCGGUGCCAGUCCGGCGUAUAAUGUCGAAGAGAUGACAUUUGCGCUCAAGACGGCGGAUGCGAAGUUUCUCAUGACGACGCCAGGAAGCAUGGAGGUCGCGAGUAAGAGCGCCGAGGCAGCGGGCCUACCGAAAUCAAACGUCUUCCUCCUCGAAGGAGAACUGCCCGGCUACACCACCGUCCAGGAGCUCAUCCGCAUCGGCCGCUCCUACGGCGAAUCCGGCCAGACACCCGCCUUCAAACUCCCACCUGGCAAGAAGAAUAAGGACGUCUGCGGCUUCCUCUCCUUCUCCUCUGGCACCACAGGCCUCCCCAAAGCCGUCAUGAUUUCCCACCAAAACGUCAUCGCGCAAUGCCUCCAGAUCCAGCAAAUAACGCCGCCGACGCAGAAGAAAAUCAUGGCUGUUUUGCCGCUCUUCCACAUCACCGGCCUCGUCCACCAAAUGCACCUCCCGGUGCUGAUAAACGCCGAAGUCGUCAUGCUGCCGCAAUUCAGCAUGGAGAAAAUGCUCGACGUGAUCGUCGAGUACAAGCUGGGCGAGCUGCUCAUGGUGCCCCCGAUCCUGAUCAGACUGGUGCGGGACCCGAUAGUCGACAACUACGACCUCAGCCACGUGACGCGCUUUUCGUCCGGCGCCGCCCCGCUCAGCGAGGAAAUCAUCCAGCUGCUGCAGAAGAAGUUCCCCAAUACCGGGUUCAAGCAGGGCUACGGCAUGACCGAGUCGUGCAGCUGCAUCACGGCGCACCCGCCCGACAAGUUCAGCUACAAGUACGCGCACAGCGGCGGGGCCAUCGUCGCCAGCACGGAGGUCAAGAUCAUCAAGCCCGACGGGACGGAAGCGGAUGUUGGUGAGCAAGGCGAAGUGCUCGCGCGCGGGCCGCAGAUCGUCAUGGGCUACUUGAACAACGAGCAAGCGACGCGCGAGACGUUUGACGAGGACGGCUUCCUGCACACGGGCGACCAGGGCAUGGUCGACGCCGAGAAUAUGAUCUACAUCACCGACCGCAUCAAAGAGCUGAUAAAAGUGAAGGGCAUCGGCGUUGCGCCUGCCGAGCUGGAGGACCUGCUGCUGGGGCACCACAAGGUGGAGGAUGUGGCUGUUAUGGGCAUCCAGGACGACUACUCGGGCGAGCUGCCGAAGGCGUUUGUGACGCUGAAGCCGGGGCAUGUGGCGGAUUCGGCGGUGGGGCGGGAACUGAUUGAGUUUGUGCAAGAUAAGAAGGUGCGGCAUAAAUGGAUUAAGGAGGUCGAGUUCAUCCCGGAGAUCCCGAAAAGCGCGAGCGGCAAGAUUCUGCGGAGAGUACUGAGGGAGAAGCAGAAGAAUGGGAACGAUAAGGGUGUUGUGGUUAAGGAUGAGAAGAGGGCUAAGCUGUAAAGUGUCGUUUGUGAAGGCAGGAACAUGA